AUGUUGGUGGAAGAUCAGAGGUUUAUCCAUGAAGAUCUCGAGAGGCUUGAGCAAGGCAUUAGUGACAGAAUAUUGGAGGAGCCUCGAAAUAUAAGAGACAGGUUAAAUAGAGACCAUCAGAUCUCUGGAUUCUUGGAUCGAAUACAUGGACAAUCAGAGCGCCUCCUCGAUAUUUACAAUGAUACAGACGGACUUCGUGCGAGGGAAAUCCAAGCUAUAUCGGCUGGCGACCCAUUUGAAGAAUUCUACAAACAACUGGAGGAAAUAAAGGACUUUCAUCGACGAUAUCCGAAUGAGCCUGUUGAAAAUCUAGAACGAGCGUACAGGAGAAGGCAAGAUGGGGAAACCUUGGUAUCAGCGGUAGAUCAUAUGUUCACCGGAGAAGAGUCCUACGGCCAAUUUUUCGAUCUCACUACGAUUCAUGAAGAGUAUUUAAAUCUUCCUGGGGUUAAAAGAUUGACAUAUUUGCAAUUUCUCGACCAGUUUGACAUCUUCACCCAACCGCAGUUACCGAUUAAGAGAGACACGAAAUUAACGGAUACGUAUUUCAAGUACGUAGGGAAUCUUUCGGGCUAUUUAGAAAGUUUUAUAAAACGUGUCAAGCCAUUGGAGCCUCUAGAUGAGUUCUUUGAAAAACUCGAUGAGGAAUUCGAGAGCCUCUGGGAGGCAAAGGAAGUCCCUGGUUGGGAAGACGAGGAUUCAGCUAAGGCCUCGUCGGCUCCAAAGACUGAAGGAUCUGGGGAAGGUAUAUGGUGCCCGGACUGUGAAAAAGAGUUCAAAAAUGAUAACGUAUAUAAAAACCACCUCACUGGCAGGAAACAUAUACGAGCGGCGGAAGCACGAAAAGCCAACGGUACCACUGAAACCAACAACUCUAAACCUAACGGGGCUGGGACUGCGGUCCGUCAUUUAAAAGAAAAGGCUAUUGCCGAGCGCGAAUAUCGGAUCCAGUCGCUAGCAAAAGCUCUCCUGAAGGAGAGAGACGCAACUCGUGUUAAUGUCGAGAGAAAGCAAGGAAUGACAGAACGUGAACGUCAGAUGGAACUUGAAGCUCUCAUGGCGGAUACUGGAGAUAUGGAUCCGCUUCGUCGUGACGAAGACUCAGACAGCGAUAGUGAAGAAAAGAUAUACAACCCCCUUAAGUUACCAUUGGCUUGGGAUGGAAAACCAAUUCCUUACUGGCUCUACAAACUUCAUGGUUUGGGAGUGGAAUUGCCCUGCGAAAUAUGUGGCAAUUUUGUGUAUAUGGGUCGACGUGCUUUCGAUAAACACUUUUCCGAAGCAAGACACAUCUACGGUCUGCGUUGCCUUGGCAUCACCCAGCAAACAAGUUUGUUUAGGGAGAUUACAAAGAUCGAAGAUGCCUUACGUCUCUGGGAGAAGCUUGAACGGGAUAGGAAGAAGGAGAAAGACUCUCGGGAGAACGUAGUUCAAAUGGAGGAUGCUGAGGGAAACGUGAUGCCGGAGCGUAUCUACUACGAUCUUCAGAAGCAGGGUAUCUUGUAA